CUCCAGGGCUUCCAGCUAGGAGUGGCUCCGAGCUUGGCAUUUUAACAUAGUCCGUUGCCUGGGUUUGAGGGGGUUCUUAUCCUACCCUUGGAGACACCCGUGUCCCACAAGUGCGUGCCUCUGUGUGUGUGUGUGUGUGUGUGUGUGUGUGUGUGUGUGUGUGUGUGUGAAUGUGAGUUCACUCCGUGCUGCUCCCGUGUCCCUGUCCAUUUAAAUCCCGGGGGUGGGAGGAGGGGUGGGGAUGCGGUUGAGGGGGCUGGGAGCGCCGUGGUUCUCUCCUCCGCGGGAGGAGCUGCUCAGGUUCCCAGCUGGCGCUGGUGACCAGGCCUGGGGGGGGCUCCGGCCACUUGCUCUUCGCCGCUCUCUCCACGGAGACAGAUGCAGCUGCCGGGGCCCUGUGCCUCCGCGCUGCCCCAGCAUCACCCCGGCCUCUUCUCCUGCCUCUUCUCACCAGCUCAGGUGCCAGACAGCGAUGAGCAGUUCGUUCCUGAUUUCCACUCGGAAAACUUAGCUUUCCACAGCCCGACCACCCGCAUCAAGAAGGAGCCCCAAAGCCCCCGCGCAGAGCCCGCCGUGUCCUGCAGCCGGAGGCUGCCGCCUCCCUACCACCAUGGCGAGCCGUGCCUUUACUCCAGACAAAUCGCCAUCAAGUCCCCUGCCCCUGGCGCCCCUGGACAGUCCCCCCUGCAGUCCUUUCCCCGGGCAGAGCCGCGGGGUCUCCUGAGGUCCUCCGGGCCCAGCCGGCCCCACCCUGGCCACGAGCUCCUUGGGGAGCACAGCCCUGUCUUCCAGCAGCCCCUGGACGCCUGCCGCUCCUUCACGCCUUCCCAGGGAGGUUCUGGGGACCCCCUGGCAGCCCCCUACCAGCACCCACUGCCUGAGACCUGCCCGCCGUACCCGCACCAGGGCUUCAAGCAGGAGUACCACGACCCCCUGUAUGAGCAGGCGGGCCGGGGCGGGCUCCGCGGGCACAGGUACCCAGGGGCAGGGGUGGUAAUCAAGCAGGAGCAGACUGACUUCGCCUACGACGCAGAUGUCCCGGGCUGCGCCUCGAUGUACCUCCACUCAGAGGGCUUUCCCGGGCCCGCUGCAGGUUAUGGCUAUGAGAAACCUCCGCGACAUUUCCCAGAUGAUGUGUGUGUCGUCCCUGAGAAAUUGGAAGGGGACAUCAAGCAGGAGGGGCUCGGGGCGUUCCGUGAGGGGCCGCCCUACCAGCGCCGCGGCGCCCUGCAGCUCUGGCAGUUUCUGGUGGCCUUGCUGGAUGACCCCUCAAACGCCCACUUCAUCGCCUGGACUGGCCGGGGGAUGGAGUUCAAGCUGAUUGAGCCCGAGGAGGUGGCCCGGCUCUGGGGCAUCCAGAAGAACCGGCCGGCCAUGAACUAUGACAAGCUGAGCCGCUCGCUGCGGUACUAUUACGAGAAGGGCAUCAUGCAGAAGGUGGCGGGGGAGCGCUAUGUGUACAAGUUCGUGUGUGAGCCGGAGGUCCUCUUCUCCUUGGCCUUCCCAGACAAUCAAAGGCCAGCUCUGAAGUCUGAGUUUGACCGGCCAGUCAGCGAGGAGGACACGGUCCCUUUGUCCCACUUGGAUGAAAGCCCUGCCUAUCUCCCAGAACUGGCUGGCCCUGCCCAGCCCUUUGGCCCCAAGGGUGGCUACUCAUACUAGCUGCCCACAAUGCCUAGCCACAGUGGGUGCUGCCCAGGUAGACAGGAAGCCAAGCCCAUGGCCCAGGGUGGAUACCAUAGCUCCCUGGACCCACUGCUGCCAGGCAGGACCGGCCCUAGAGGAGGAUCUGGGAGACCCCACCCUGGAGCUCGGCUCAGCUGCCGCCUCAUGCCGAGGACCAAGGGGCUCCCAGCUCACCCUGGCAGUGGAGCCUGGGGUCCCCUGAGCUCCCUGCUCACCUGGACUCCGUCCUGCCCAGGAUGUGGCCCUGAAGGGUGUUGCUGCCUGCCAUUGGUGCUGCCUGGGGCAGGGCAGGACCCUGGGGUGCUGUGGCCAGGGGAUGGGCUCCUCUGCAUCCAGCAACCCUAAUAAAGGCCCUGCCUCCCUGA